CCCAGCUCCGGAUUGCGAUCAUUUCUCGGACUCCCCCGGAGGUGUUUUGGUCAGUUUCACUGGGAUUUUUCCAGUUGUGAGCGCUGGUCAGUUUCUGCUCUGGGUUAAUUUCAACCUUGCCUCCCCUUCCUUCCUCAUCCAACCCCUUACCCUGUGAUUGCAGCGGCUGCGUUUCCAACAGACGACUUUAUUCUUUCUCUCCUUUUUGAAAGAUCAUCGAAGGUACUAAUGUGAUAAAUAGGAAGGAAAAGCGCGGCAGAUUGGAGGAUGUUUUGAAGGGGGGAAACCGGUUUCUCCUGCCUGAUUUUAUCUGAUCCCCCCCUUCUCUCUCGCCUCUCUCUCUCUCUCCUGUCUAUGGGAGUGCAUUAGCGGCUGGAAAGGCUUCGAACAAGCUCUAACAGUUUCAGACACUGACCAUGUCGCGUUGGCCUGCCUUACCCUCUCGGGGAAUUCUGUGGAGGAUUUUGUGGGUUUCUUGCAGUUUGCAAAACUGUUUCUGGGUUCUGGGCUGCCCGGGUAACUGUAAGUGUAAAAUCAGCCAGAUUUACUGCAAUCAACCUGACAAUGUCACCAUCUUCCCGGUCCUGGAUUUACAAGAGAUGGCGAACGUCACAGAAAUACACAUUGAGAACCAGAAAAGCCUUCAGACUCUGAAUGCUUUGGACAUGGAACCUUACAUUGGACUGCAGAAUUUGACAAUCAUAAAUUCGGGACUACGGUCGAUUGCGCCUAGAGCAUUUGCCAAAAAUCCUCACCUUCACUACAUUAACCUCUCAGGCAAUCGGCUCACUAGUUUGUCUUGGCAGCCCUUCAGGACUCUCCAGCUCUCCCAGCUGAUUCUGGUGAGGAACCUAUUCAAUUGCAGCUGUGACAUCCGCUGGAUCCAGCUGUGGCAGGAAGCAGACAAAGCACAACUGGAGCAACAGCAGCUCUACUGUAGAACAGAGGGGACCAACAUCCUCCUCUCCCAUAUGAACGUCACACAAUGCGAGUUGCCAGAAAUCAGCGUGAGUCACAGUAACUUGUCGGUGAAGGCUGGAGAGGAUGCGGUGGUGACUUGUAACGGAUCAGGCUCCCCACUCCCUGAUGUGGAUUGGAAUGUCACUCAUGUACACUCUAUUGGCAUCCACCAGACCAACAAUAACCUGACCACAGUCUCAGCUGUAAACCUAACCCUAUUUAACAUCGAUCCAGAGGAUAACGGGAAACUGCUGACGUGCAUCGCAGAGAAUGUGGUGGGGAUGACGAAUGCCUCGGUGCUCUUGCAUGUUUACUAUGCUCCUGAUAUUGUGGAGCUAAAAGAGCCUGAACAGCGACACAUGCACUGCAUUCAGUUUACGGUCUAUGGGAACCCCUUGCCGAGCAUUCACUGGUUGCACCGGGGCCGCAAGCUGAAUGAGACUGACUACAUCAAAACCAAGGUGUACGAGGAAGCAAAGGACUGGCUCCAUGGCUGCCUGCUCUUCGAUAAACCCACCCACUAUAACAAUGGGAACUACACGCUUGUUGCUGAAAAUGACUUAGGCAUCGACACUGAGACGGUUUACGCACACUUCCUGGGUGUCCCAUUUCCUGAAAUUCUGGAGAAUCCCUUUUAUAUUCCAUCAUUUGAAGUGACAACAGGACCUCCAGUCAGUGUAACCCACAAGCCCGAGGGAGAUACUUUUGGCGUCUCUAUCGCUGUUGGACUUGCAGCUUUUGCCUGCAUUCUCCUGCUCAUCUUGUUCAUAAUGAUUAACAAAUAUGGACGGCGUUCUAAAUUUGGAAUGAAGGGCCCCGUGGCUGUGAUGAGUGGUGAGGAAGACUCCGGCAGCCCUCUCCACCACAUCAAUCAUGGGAUUAUCACACCCUCAUCCAUGGACGUUGGACCAGACGCAGUGGUUAUCGGGAUGACCCGGAUCCCAGUGAUUGAAAACCCCCAGUAUUUCCGGCAAACCCAUAACCUCGGAAAGCAUCCAGAGACAUAUGUACAGCACAUCAAGAGGAGAGACAUCGUUCUGAAGCGCGAGCUGGGUGAGGGAGCGUUUGGGAAAGUUUUCUUGGCUGAAUGUUACAAUCUGAGCCCAACCAAGGACAAGAUGCUGGUGGCAGUUAAGACUUUGAAAGAUGCCACCGUCUCUGCACGAAAAGAUUUCCAGAGAGAGGCAGAGCUCCUCACCAACCUCCGUCACGAGCACAUUGUGAAGUUUUAUGGCGUCUGUGUGGAUGGCGAUCCUCUCAUCAUGGUCUUCGAAUACAUGAAGAAUGGAGAUUUGAAUAAGUUCCUGAGGGCUCGCGGUCCAGAUGCAAUGAUUCUAGUGGAUGGACAGCCGCGAAUGAAAGGGGAGAUGACCAUCGCGCAGAUGUUGAACAUUGCCACCCAGAUCGCUUCCGGCAUGGUUUACCUGGCCUCGCAGCACUUUGUGCACAGGGACCUGGCCACCCGCAACUGCCUGGUCGGAGGAUCCGUGCAGGUCAAAAUUGGAGACUUUGGAAUGUCAAGAGAUGUCUACAGUACCGAUUAUUACAGGGUGGGUGGUCACACCAUGCUUCCAAUCCGCUGGAUGCCACCUGAAAGCAUAAUGUAUCGCAAGUUCACCACUGAGAGUGACGUCUGGAGUUUCGGAGUUAUCCUGUGGGAGAUCUUCACCUAUGGCAAACAGCCCUGGUUCCAGCUCUCAAACAAUGAGGUCAUUGAAUGCAUCACGCAAGGACGUGUGCUGGAGAGGCCGAGAGUCUGUCCCAAAGAGGUUUAUGACAUCAUGCUGGGAUGCUGGCUGAGGGAACCCCAGCAGAGGUUAAGCAUCAAAGACAUUCAUCAGGUCCUGCAAGCUCUGGGCAAGACCUCCCCCAUCUACCUGGAUAUUCUAGGAUAGAGGGCUAAGUGUCUCAGCCCCUCCUGAAUGUACUUAAUCCCAACAGUAAACUUUGGCUUCAUUUGGGAAAUUCAAAAAGUGAAGUGCCUGCUGUAUAUAAAAUGUACAGUUGUUUCUGAGGCGGUUUUCCUGGUACCUGCGCAAGAAGGUUGCUGCAACAGAAAGGAAGAAGAGUUUGGGUUCCAAACAGAGUCGCUCCAGACUAGUGAAACCUUGGCACACCACAGCCCCCUGUCAAUGUGAAAGAGGCCACUGUUUAAGGGUGGUGCAAAGUCCACCAACUCAUUAAGAUCAUCUAACCUCCAAGCCUGGUUCCGAGGAGGGUUCGAACUGGUCCCUCAGCCUGAUAAAGCUCAACCUGCAAUAAGGGUGCAGCACCUGGCUCCACAUUUGGUUCAGUUGUUCAUCUGGUGAGCAGGUCUGGUACGGAGCUGCAGUCCUUUUGGGGUGAAUUCAGAUCUGGAAGGAAUUAGCCUCAGCAGUUUUUGGAUGAUCAUUCCGAGUUCUCUUCGAAAGGAUCAACAAUGUUUGGAACUUUUUAAACCUUUUGAGGGCAAUCAUAAGAUCAGUAAAGAAUGUUUCUACAAACCAGAGAAAGUGCAGCAGAAGAGCUACCCAACAAUGUCUUGGGGUACUGAGCUAAAAUACCCAGUGGUCAAAGGCAGGUGCCACAAUGGUUGCAUAUGUCCACAAAUCGCUUGGUGUAGAUUGAAUUCGCCUGCUGUCCUGGCCAGUUCUAUGUACCUUUUGUCAAUCAACUGUUAUUUUAAAGUUAUUGUCAACAAUUCCAGUUGUGUGCUACAGUUAUGAUGCUUUAAAUAGCUAAGUGCAUUAUCCAUCUGUAUAUUUAGACACAAAUGUUUUCAUUUUAUUUU